AUGCCUGCGAUCUUACUCCCAACCUCCCUCGAACUACUCGGCCGAGCCGCCAACGCGACAAACGAUCUCCAACCAGUGGUUUGCUCCUGGCCCGUGAGCGGGCAAUACGGUGUUGGUUCCAGGAUCUUAUACUACGUGUUAGUGGCAGCUUGCGUGCUCGCCCGGAAAACAGAAUGGCUUCGCAACGCGUGUCUGGCGGCGGCUUUGAUCCUCCCCGCUAUUGCGGCCAUCCACGCGAUUGUACUUGCAGCUUUACAUGUCGAUAAUGCUAUCGACAUGGAUGUUUACGGUGCGCUCCAAAUUUGUUGCAUUGGCAUCCUCACAGCGCCGGCAUGUGUCCGGCUUUCAAACACGUAUUUCAAAGCACCAGGGCGCAACGUUCUGUUUGCGUGGACCGUUCUAGUUAUUGCGGGGUUGUUGGCUUUGGCCGUCGAGUUCUUCCGCGCUCAGUCCAGCCCAUGUCUUGACGAUGGGCAAGGGUAUCCCUUGCUGAAUAAGAUGCCGUUCCCUUACGGAGAAACAACUUGCGGUCUGGUUUGUGAGUCGGGUGUCAAAGGGAGCCCCGCCUCACCGAUGCGCACCGGCUCAGCCGACAAUAUCUACGUCGUCCCAACGCCAUCUAUUCUCACCUUUGGUGCUGCCACCCUCGUUGCCGCCGCCUCUUGCGUCCCCGGGGUUCUAUCCAUGGUAUCGAUUCGGCAUAAGAUUACCAAGGAGGAGUGGACCAAGAAAUUCGGAGGGGUGGAUGCCGACGAACCCAUUGAAGGGACAAAUGGUGCCACUCGCCGCGGCAUGAAAGACGUCAAUGAUGUCAUCCGCGGUCUUCUCAGCGUGGUUGAAAUCCCGGUGUUUGGCGGCGCUGUCAUUGCGCUGAUCAUCGUCGGCGAGCUCAACUUCUUCAACUACCCGGUAGGAUAUCAGACCGAGCCUGCGGCAAACAUUGGUCAAUGGUCGAACAUCACCGCAUCCGUAUUUGCCGCGGGUGGUUCUUUGUACAUGUUGUCGUCGAAGUGGUUGUCAAAGUGGCUCAGAAACGUGGAGAAGGAAGAGGACAAGGAAGAGGACAAAGAAGAGUCGCCGUGUCACUGCGCUUGCCAUGUCCACCUUCACCCAGACUCCAUGAGCGACAACUCUGACGCUCCGGAAAUGGUGCGGGCUCCUUCCGUAACGCUAACGGACCCCGACGUUCAAAUCCAUAGGCAAGACACGGCAGCCACCAAUCCGCUCUCUCCCAUCCGCACCGAAACUUUCCCUGACAACGAAAGUGCGAUAAGCGGUCUCGGGAUUCACACGAUGGAUUCCAAUGCCUCUGGGAGGAGCCAAAAGCGCGGUGGUGCUAGGGAGAAACUGUUGAAAAUCACGGCAAGUUUCGGGACGCCCUCCAGGGACAGGUACAAUGACUCCGAGUUUCGGUCCGGGAAAGCCUCAGGGUUUCCGCAAAUCCCAGGUGAAAGGAUCCGGAACCCCGGUCUCCGUGAGAUCGAGGAGAUUUGGGGCGAGUCGCCCGCCGAGUUGGAAGACGACCACAGUCCCAUCAACGGUAGGCGAUCCCGAGCCAACAGUUUCAAUAGCAUCUCUCGCGCCAGCUCAAUUGGUCCCCGGGCUCCCUCGCCCGCCCCGCCUCAAAGGGCGUCGACCUUGGGCCCCGUUCCCUGUUCAGUACUCGGGCUACCGACGACACAUAGCCCCGAGAGCACCAACGAACCCGUUUUCCCGACACGACCGUCGGACGAGCUGGAGAAGGCACGUUCCCACGGCACAGUUGUUACAUUACACGAAGGACCCAACUCACCAGCCAUUAUCUUGUCGUCAGAGGACGACCCUGAAGAGUCCCCGACGCCAUGGACGGGUGUCGCGCCCCUAGCAGAGCUGACGUCCACUGGCCCUUCGAGAAACGGCGGGUUAGAUGUCCCUGUUACAACAACCACCGAUUCACUCAAGGCGGCGGUGCCUCAACGUUCCCCCUUACAACACACACCAAUACAAGCCCAAACGCCCACUGGGCAACAAACACAAACACAGCAGCACCCUACAGUACAGCAGCGGCCCUCGAUUCACCCGCAGCAACCCCCACAAUCCGAAGCACAGCAUCAACACCCGCAAACCAUGACCCCGCAACAACCACAGCCAACCGCUCCGAAUGCGCCUAUCUCUGCGGGAGCAGCACCCCCACAGCAAGAAACCAGACAACCGGAAGCGGAACCCGUUCCCUCACAAUCUGCGAAGGGGAGCAGCGAUAAGCAGCCACCGCCCGAUAAUGCGUCGAUCAAGCCGUGA